AUGUUUAAAGACACUGAUAUACUCUCGGCUCUUCAGCUUCUUCAACCCACUUCCACUUCGGAUGUUGCAAGCAGGGAGAGGGCCGUAUGCUUGCUCUUGGACAAUGCGCCCCUUGUACUACAGCAACACAAAGCGGGCACAGAUCAAGAACCGUUGUUGCGCCACAUUGUCAAAGCCUUGGCCAUUGAGUCCACCUCGAUGUCAGAGUCAAAAUGGGACCUAAUUUUUGAGCUGGUAGGUUCUCUGCUGAGUUCACCUGGAUGGACCCCAUCUCCUGCUGACUCUUCAGAUAGUGUAAACACAGUGCCGAAAGCAGAAGUGCCACAAGGAACGCUUUCAGCUACACCUACGACUUAUUUUUCAUGGGCUUUGCGUGCUUUUGUCUUGAAGUACCUGCCAUGUAUGGCGCUGGAAGCAACAUGGAUCACCAACACUGUUACUGACGGUGAUCAUGUUUCUGCGCCACUCUCACCCAUGAUGACCAGACGGGGCAAGGCAGUAUGUGAUAUUUUGAUAAACCAUAUUAUUCUAAGCCAUGAACAAGAUUAUUCAACCAAACAGCUGACUCGCGUAGCCCAAAGCAGCCUUUUGGCAUUACCACCUUCACUCCUCACACAUGUUGCGCACGAGUUAAUUCGUUGGUUACCGCGAUCACGGGAUACGUGUUUGGCUAUCAUUCAAAAUCCCUCUGCAACAGAACCCCUCUGGCGUGGAUUUGAAGAGGCGCUUUUGGAGACAUCAGAUUCCUCAAUCAGUGCAAUAGCUAUAGCGGAAGGGGGAGACAGUAUCACAGAACCCGGUAUCACUGCUGCUUUAGCAAGGGACUGCGUCAAAAGAAUUUUACAACAACACUACAAGGCAUAUGGGAUGGUGAAGAUUAAUCGUUUGUGCGAUGCGUUAGUUCAGCGAGGCUUACCCAAGACACUAGGGGAGAUGGAAAGGUAUCGAGCAGAGGUUGUGAGACCUUUGAUUGAGCUUGGAGAGGUCUGUGGCCAAGGCGAACCAUCCUUGCAGACACCGGCACACCGAGACGGUAUCCCACAACGCGUGCCCCUCCCAUUUCUCUAUGAGGCCCUUGGGGACCUAUAUCGGCAGUACGAAUCCGCUACAAGUGUCUUUCUUCAUCAAGAGCAGGAAUACGAAAUCACUGUGCUUAACCUGGCGCGGGAUUUGACGCAACUAAGUUUGACCGCUGUGCUAAACUCUGAGCUUCCGAAUGACACGGUGAACCAGCUUGUUUCUGUACUAAUGCCAAAGGUAGAAAAGUCUGAAUCACCAGCAGUAGUGACUAAUUGUGAUUCGUCUCUCAUGGAGGAGGGGUUUAUUGACAGAAUUCCCCUGCCUCUAAUGGAGUGUGUACUUCUAUUGUUGAAUCGAGCGAUUUUGCAUCGUUCGUUGAAGAGAUCCCCAGAAUCCCACAUAGAUAUUGAGGAAAAAGAGCACAACGACGAUAUUUGUGUAAAGUGCGCUCGAUUUUUAAAAAAUGUUUUGCUGCCUGAGGUGCAGGACGUCGCCUUUCAACUAUCUGUCGCGAUCAAUGAAAAAGGCAAUGGCAUACCAAGACUGCCAAAUGAAACCGGCAUCGGUAGCACGCCAUCGGAUUCGCAAGUAAGACCAGAAUGCAGCAGUAUCAAAGCGACUGAAAAGAUUUCGUGGGGUUGUCUCCGUGGGGAAGAGCGACUCAAGGUUAUGAAUGCAGAAUUACAUGAACAACUGACCAUUUUGAGCAGUAUCAUAAGACUAUGUGAAGAAAUAUGGCAGCAAACGCAAAAAUCCGCGGGAGGCAGGCUUGUGAAGGGAAGAAACACGUUUCGCGGUCGUCUGCCACAUAUGACGCCAUCGUGGAUACUCAAUCCUGUGGAAGUUUAUGGAGCUCCAUGUGAUGUAGAUGCAGAAAACAAUAAGCGAGCACGAUUCAGUAGGCACAAUUUUCCACGAAAACUGAAGCGGUGGGUAUAA